AUGACUAUUAUUCCUGGAUCUCCUCUAGAGGAGAAAUGGGAUAAGCUGGAUGAGAAAACCAAGGAGUCUAUCUGUCGUCAGAUAUGGGAUUUUAUUUCCAAGAUACGCAAUAUUCAACCACCAUUGGAGCUGAGAGGACUUUUCCAAUGUGCUGCUGAUGGUUCUCCAACAAGAGACCCGUUGAUUGAGGAUCUACAAACACCAACCCAGCCUUUGAUGAACGAUUCAGAAUUGCGGGCUCGUAUUUACGAGCGUUAUCUUCACUUCGGAGGUCGUCGGUUUGAACAGCUACCCGACAUGCUACCGCGAUUCAGCUAUUCUGUGUUUACGUAUGCUGAUAUUGUGCCUCGAAAUAUUAUGGUUGACGAGGAGAAUAGAGUCACAGGGAUUCUCGACUGGGAGUAUGCGCAAAUUCUGAGGCCCGCUUUUUGGGGGGAUUGGUCCAUGUGGAUGGAUCAUACCGCACUACGAAGAUGGGAUAUUAGUGGAAUCAAUGCCGCUAGGAGGGUGUUGUUCUGA